UUGAUAAAAUUAGCUGUGUUGAAGUGCAAGCAGCGAUAAAAUGGAAAGUCAAUACGUGUACGUGAAAAAGAGAUCAGAGUUUGGAAAGCGUUGUUACUUCUCCGACGCCGACAAAGUUGAAGUCGACAUAAAACCGGAGCCAAGUCUAGCGAGCAAUUUCAUCCGGCUGAACCCCGUGUCGAGGGGUACGGUGAUCCGCAAAAUUUACGCAGCCCACGAAAUAAAUACGACCGCAGCUACUUUCAAAAACAAUGGCAUGCUGCACGUCGAGGGUGGCUGGCCCAAGGACAUCAACAGGGAGGACGGUGAUCACACGUCGCGCUACCGCCGAAAAAUCGAGAAAGAUGAAUUUUACGUGCACACGAUGCAACAGUUAUUGCCGCCGAUGGAGCACUACGUCCUCCAGAACAACGCGUGCAACAUUUACCAGCAGUACUUUGAGGACACGGAGCCGAUGCCGCUCGUUCAACAGGCCUCCUGCCGGACGGUCAACGUUUACCGCGACUCGUUGCCGGUGAGGCGCUCGGCGACUCACAUAUCCUGGUCGCCGGACCAAGGCACCCGAAUAGCCGUCACCCACUGCAGCACCGACUUUAAAAAACUCGCCAACUACAGUCCCAUCUCUUACAUAUGGGACGUGGCAAACCCCAACAAGCCCUUUGCCCGGCUGACCCCCGCCUGUCCCAUUCUCGCCCUCGAGUACAACCCAAAGGACAGCAACGUGCUCGUUAGUGGCCUGAUGACCGGGCAGGUGGCCUUCUGGGACAUACGGAGGAGCUUCGAGCCGAUCGAGACGAGCCUGGUCGAGAGUAGCCACCGGGAUCCCUGCAGCCACGUCCUCUGGAUCAACUCGAAGACCGGCACGGAGUUUUUCAGUGCAGGCAAAGACGGACAGGUCAAGUGGUGGGACACGAGGAGACUCCAAGGGCCGACGGAGACCCUGGUGAUGGACCUGGCCAAGCCCGAGGAGCAGGAGCUGGACCGGGCGACCGGCGUGUCGGCCCUCCAGUUCGAGUCGUCGAUCGGCACGCGCUUCAUGUGCGGCCUCGAGAACGGGACCGUCGUUUCCGGCAAUCGGAAGGGGAAAACGCCCACCGAGAAGCUGUCGGUGCGCUUCAAGGCCCAGUACGGCCCGGUCCACAGCGUCGAGAGGAACCCGAAUUUCAUCAAAAAUUUCCUCACCGUGGGCGACUGGACCGCCAGGGUCUGGUCCGAGGACUGCAGAGAAUCUUGCAUCAUGUGGACCCCUGGACACAAGGUGCUCCUGACGUCCGGCAUUUGGAGCGCGACCAAGUACUCCGCGUUCUUCCUCACGAAGACGGAUGGUACGCUGGACGCCUGGGACCUCCUCGUCCAGCAAGACAGUCCCGUGCUGAGCGUCAAGGUGUGCGACGAGCCCCUCGUUUGCAUAAGUCCGCACGAGCAGGGCCAACUGGUGGCGGUGGGCAGCAACGACGGUAUGGUUUACAUGAUGCAGUUCUCGGAGAACCUCACCAAUAGUCUGAAGAACGACAAAGCCAUGCUCACGGCGCUCUUGGAUAGGGAGACAAGACGGGAGAAGGUGAUCGAGGCGAAGAACCGCGAGUUCCGAUUGAAGCUUAAAACGACGCGGCAGGAUUCGGCCGAUGCCCAUCAACCCGAUCAAAUGACAGAUCGGAACCUCUUGCUUCAGUGCGAGCAGGAGUACAAGGCCGUUAUCGAAGCGAGACAAAUGAUACAUAUAUUCAUGGCGGGCAUGAAUAAAUGA